CGCGGCCGGGUGAGGCGGCGGCGGCGGAGCGCGGCGGUGCCGCGGGCCCGCGCCCUCCCGCACGAUGUCAGCGCAGGGCAAGUUCAAGAAGGACAAAGAGAUCAUCGCCGACUACGAGGCGCAGGUCAAAGAAAUCCGAACGCAGCUGGUGGAGCAGUUCAAAUGCCUGGAGCAGCAGUCGGAGUCGCGCCUGCAGCUGCUGCAGGACCUGCAGGAGUUCUUCCGCAGGAAGGCCGAGAUCGAGCUGGAGUACUCCCGCAGCCUGGAGAAGCUGGCCGAGCGCUUCUCCUCCAAGAUCCGCAGCUCCCGAGAGCACCAGUUCAAGAAAGAUCAGCACCUGCUGUCCCCUGUGAACUGCUGGUACCUGGUUCUGACGCAGACCCGCCGGGAGAGCCGAGACCACGCCACCCUGAACGACAUCUUCAUGAACAAUGUCAUCGUCCGGCUGUCGCAGAUCAGCGAGGAUGUCAUCAGGCUCUUCAAAAAGAGCAAGGAGAUUGGCCUCCAGAUGCACGAGGAGCUCCUGAAGGUCACCAAUGAGCUCUACACGGUGAUGAAGACCUACCACAUGUACCAUGCAGAGAGCAUCAGCGCCGAGAGCAAGCUGAAGGAGGCAGAGAAGCAGGAAGAAAAGCAGUUCAACAAGUCAGGGGACAUCAGUGUGAACCUGCUGCGGCAUGAGGACCGGCCUCAGCGGCGCAGCUCCGUCAAGAAGAUUGAGAAGAUGAAAGAGAAGAGACAAGCCAAGUAUUCUGAAAACAAGCUGAAGUGUACAAAAGCCAGGAAUGACUACCUGCUGAACCUGGCAGCCACCAACGCAGCCGUCAGCAAGUACUACAUCCAUGAUGUCUCCGACCUCAUCGACUGCUGUGAUCUGGGGUUCCACGCCAGCCUGGCUCGCACCUUCAGGACGUACCUGUCUGCUGAGUACAACCUGGAGACGUCGCGCCACGAGGGGCUGGACGUCAUCGAGAACGCCGUGGACAACCUGGACGCGCGCAGCGACAAGCACACCAUCAUGGACAUGUGCAACCAGGUCUUCUGCCCGCCGCUCAAGUUCGAGUUCCAGCCGCACAUGGGGGACGAGGUGUGCCAGGUGAGCGCCCAGCAGCCUGUGCAGACCGAGCUGCUGAUGCGGUACCACCAGCUGCAGUCUCGGCUGGCCACCCUCAAGAUAGAGAAUGAAGAGGUACGGAAAACGCUGGAUGCCACGAUGCAGACCUUGCAGGACAUGCUGACAGUGGAAGACUUUGAUGUUUCAGAUGCCUUCCAGCACAGCCGCUCCACUGAGUCAGUCAAAUCAGCUGCAUCAGAGACCUACAUGAGCAAAAUCAACAUUGCCAAGAGGAGAGCCAACCAGCAGGAGACUGAAAUGUUCUAUUUCACUAAAUUUAAGGAGUAUCUGAAUGGCAGUAACCUCAUCACGAAGCUCCAGGCUAAACAUGACCUGCUGAAGCAAACUCUGGGAGAAGGUGAAAGAGCUGAGUGUGGAACAACCAGGCCCCCAUGUCUUCCCCCUAAGCCACAGAAAAUGAGGAGACCUAGGCCUCUCUCAGUGUAUAAUCAUAAACUCUUUAACGGCAAUAUGGAAACAUUCAUUAAGGAUUCAGGACAGGCCAUUCCACUUGUUGUAGAAAGCUGCAUCCGCUACAUCAAUCUGUAUGGCCUCCAGCAGCAGGGCAUCUUCAGAGUCCCUGGCUCCCAGGUGGAAGUCAACGACAUCAAGAACUCGUUUGAGAGAGGUGAAGACCCCCUUGCUGAUGACCAGAACGAGCGGGACAUUAACUCAGUGGCUGGAGUCUUGAAGCUGUAUUUCCGAGGACUGGAAAACCCCCUCUUUCCUAAGGAAAGGUUUCAAGAUUUGAUAUCUACUAUAAAAAUUGAGAACCCUGCAGAGAGAGUGCACCAGAUCCAGCAGAUCAUUGUCACUCUGCCUCGGGCUGUCAUCGUGGUCAUGAGAUACCUCUUUGCAUUCCUUAACCACUUGUCACAGUACAGCGAUGAGAACAUGAUGGAUCCCUACAACCUGGCCAUCUGCUUCGGGCCCACGCUGAUGCACAUUCCCGACGGGCAGGAUCCGGUGUCCUGCCAGGCCCAUGUCAAUGAGGUCAUCAAAACCAUCAUCAUCCACCACGAGGGCAUCUUCCCCAGCCACCGGGAGCUGGAGGGGCCUGUCUACGAGAAGUGCAUGACCGGAGGGGAGGAGUACUGUGACAGCCCGCACAGCGAGCCGGGCACCAUCGAUGAGGUGGACCACGACAACGGGACAGAGCCGCACACCAGUGACGAGGAGGUGGAGCAGAUUGAAGCCAUAGCCAAGUUUGACUACAUUGGCCGAUCUCCACGGGAGCUCUCCUUCAAGAAAGGGGCCUCGCUGCUGCUGUACCAUCGGGCGUCGGAAGACUGGUGGGAAGGGAGACACAACGGGGUGGACGGGCUCAUUCCCCACCAGUACAUCGUGGUGCAAGACAUGGACGAUGCCUUCUCUGACAGCCUGAGCCAGAAGGCAGACAGCGAGGCGAGCAGCGGGCCGCUGCUGGACGACAAAGCCUCCUCCAAGAACGACAUCCAGUCACCAACAGAUCACAUCAUGGACUAUGGCUUUGGGGGAGUGAUGGGCAGGGUGAGAUUGAGGUCUGAUGGUGCAGCCAUCCCCCGGCGCCGCAGCGGGGGGGACACCCACAGCCCGCCCCGAGGCAUGGGGCCCGGCAUAGACACCCCUCCUCGAGCAGCAGCCUGCCCCAGCAGCCCCCACAAGAUCCCCCUCAACAGGGGCAGGAUCGAGAGUCCUGAGAAGCGCAGGAUGGCGACGUUCGGCAGCGUGGGCAGCAUCAAUUUCCCAGACAGGAAGGCCCUGGCUGACAGCCACCCUCUGAGGUCGACCUGCGGCUCCACCCGGCACAGCAGCCUUGGAGAUCAGAAAUCCCUGGAAGCAGAAGCUCUUGCUGAGGACAUCGAGAAGACCAUGAGCACGGCGCUGAACGAGCUGCGGGAGCUGGAGAGGCAGAACACGGCCAAGCAGGCGCCCGACGUGGUCCUGGACACGCUGGAGCCCCUGAAGAACCCCCCGCUGGGCGCCGCCAGCUCGGAGCCGGCCAGCCCCCUGCACACCAUCCUGAUCCGGGACCCCGAGGCGGCCAUGCGGCGCAGCAGCAGCUCCACCAGCGAGAUGAUGACCACCUUCAAGCCGGCGCUGUCGGCCCGGCUGGCCGGGGCGCAGCUGCGGCCGCCGCCCAUGCGGCCGGUGCGGCCCGUGGUGCAGCACCGCUCCAGCAGCAGCAGCAGCUCGGGCGUGGGCAGCCCCGCCGUCACGCCCACCGAGAAGCUGUUCCCCAGCAGCUCGGCAGAUAAAUCGGGCACCAUGUAGGCUGGGCACGGGGACUGCGGACGCCGGGAGCGGGGCGGGCACGGCGGAGCCUCGCUGGCUGGGCAGGGGGGCAGAGCCCUGCCCGGGGAGCCUCUGUGCAAGGAAACACGCGUGGGGCCUGGGCCUGGUGCUGUACAUACGUGUGUGUGUAUGUACAUAGGUGUGCACACACCCCAUCCAUGCAGAACCACUUCCCGAGCUUGCAGUCCUACAGCAGGAGGAGACGGCAGGUCUACGUGUUGGCACUGGAGAGCACACUCAGUGUAGAAGUAUAUAUUAAAAACAAAGUGUACAGAAUUCAGUGACUUUUUAAAACAGUAGAUUUACCUCAGAAACUGGCUCUGAAAUGUCCUCUCUUGAGACAGUGGGUUGGUCUGGGUUUCCAAGGCUGUCUGUGUGCACCUGGAAGCCCACACUGCAGCAGCUGUGCGCCAAGCAAUACAAGGCCAGCCUGGAAUUUAUCUUCUGUACCUCUUGGCAUUGAAAAAAAAAAAAGGGAUGGGAAUACAAGUGUGGUCUGUUCACUGCUGGGCUGUGGAGAAGAGCUGGAAAUCCAUACAUGACCAUGUGUGACUGGCCAGCAGGAGUCUUUCCAAUCCUGAAUCCUGAGAUGUCUUCAUGUGCCUGUGGUGCCCUGGCAGCAGGGACAAACCCAGGUGUGUGCCAUGGGUGGGAAUGGAGUGAAGUGAGUGUCAUGAGUGGGACAGAGUGAGGCGUGUGCCAUCACCCUCGUGCAGGAGGACGCUGUGCUGCACUGGGACUGUGGAAUGCUGCUUCUCUGCAAGUUCUCAGAGUGAGCAAGGACUAGUGACCAAACCUGUGGUAAAGCAUGGAGUAACUUAGAGUUUGGAGAUUCUUCAUCUCCCUUUCCCCACGUGCUUUUUCCUUUUUUUUUUUUUUUUUUUUUUUAAAUCAAAACCCAACCCAGUGGUCUCUUGAGAGUCAGGCCUGAGCAGUGAGGAGGGGUCUCAGGUCAGAGUGGUUGUCCUGCAUGAGAAGCAUGAGCCGUGUUUGACCUCAUCAGAUGCAAAGCUGAUCUGAUGGGUGAUACUUUGCACUUUCUGUACUGUACCAUAUAAUACAACAGUUUGAGUUUAUGCAAAA